AUGUAUCCUGAAAAUUCUGAAUUGUCACGUGAUAUAAAACUCCUUAACAAAGUUAAGAGGUUUUCUGAAAAUUUAAAAUCAUCACAUGAGAGACAAAAACAAGAGAAAGAAAUUGCCAAUACUCCUCCCAACAUCUGCCUGGAGAUAGAUAGAAAUCUAAAGGCAGAAAGAUCAAGAAAAGAAAUUUUUUCUGAUAGCUUACUAGGGGUGUUUCAAAGGGACCACAUUCUAUCAACUAAUCCUGUAAACGAAAUUUCUGAGAUAGUAGCUACUACUUUAGAUCAUGACUCAGAUGAUAAUUUUAGUAACACAUCUGAUAUUAUAGAUUACUUUAAGGAAGAAGAAGGAGCAAAUGAUUCGAUUAAAAGAGUUCUAAAAA